UGGUCAUGUGAGAGGAGGCCAAACAAGGAACAGGAGGAAUCGGGAGUUUAAGUUAUUAUUGAUUUCACAGUGAAUUUGGGUUCUACAAACAAUUGUAGUUACCAUGGAUUUUAUACAAAUGACGAAUUACAUUACAGUGUGACGUAGAUACAGUUUUCGUCACUAAUGCGUAGUCUGAGUGAAUAAGAAGACCGAAGACUGACCAAUACAAUAGUUGGUUUUAUCACAGUCCCUGGACUGUUGUUUUAAUAUGCUACAUUGAGUUUUCUUUUUCCAGCACCAGGAUUUUUUUUUUAUUUUUCGCCAUGGCAACAGCUGAACCAGAAGUGAUCCAGAAAAAUAGUGAUCUCUCAUCUUCAGUUGUCAAUGAUACAACACCAAAGGAGGAAACAGUUGCAGCAAAGGAGCUGAAUAGCCAGGAAUCUGUUCAAAGUGAACUUCCUGAAGCUUCCAUAGAAAUUGGAAAUGAUGCUGUGGCUACAAUAACAUUACAAGAAUUAGAAAAUACAAUACAAUUCAACCCACAAGCCAAAGAUAAACUAACUCAAGGAGUUGUGCAAGCAUUUUUGCCACAAAUGCAAAGUACAAGACAGCUUCUCAGUGAACUUACAAGAAAUCAAGGAACAUUGUUAGAGACAUUACAACAAGAGAAUGCUAAAUUUAAUGAAUGUGACUCAAUGAAAGAGUUAGUAGACUUGUUUGCAGCAGCAAAGAGGUAUCAUCUAAAGUUAGUAGCUGUAAAAAAAGAAAUGGUUAAUUUACAUGAAAAAUCUACAAAAUUACGGAGAAGAGCUUUGAAGUUGCAGAAUGAAAAGAUGAAAGAGAAUUUAAAAAAAGAACAACAGAAAGAACGAGAAUUAGAACAUGAACGGCAGCUUACAGCCAGACCUGCAAAAGAACUACGAGAGAAAAAAUCAGAGUAA